AUGGAAAACUUGACUGUGAAAGAAGGACGAAUCUGCGUAUUCAGAGGUGGAAAUGAGUUUGAAAUAAAUGGGCUAAAUAUAAACAUGAAAGCAAGUAAUACCAGUAGAAACACAGACAACAAGGCCUCUAGGCCAAGAGACGUCAAACUGGUAGAAUGCUCUAAUUCGUACAUAAGAGGCAGUAAAAUAUUCAACAAGAAUGACGAAUGCAUUCAUAGACUAAGAAUACCACACAAAAUAGUAGAUGGGGAGGAAAAAGAGACGUACUGGCUUGUAUUCUGCAACAGUGUUGCAUACAUGAUUCACAAGAACACGUCUCAGUCCAGAAGACUCUUUGAGUACAGCAGUGGAUACGAAUCCCAUGUUAUUCUGGACAAUACGCUCUGUGUUCUCACUGAGUCACUGCUCCACCUCUACGAUCUGACGCGUGACAAGGUGGUGGCUGAGUUUGUUAUUGCAUCAAAUGAUCACGAAUUAGCCAUAAAAGAUACGAACAAAUCUGACACCAACGCACUAACCAGUUCAUUUGAGACUGAAACCCUCUUCUGCCUGAAAUCUGACGUAGAUCUCGAUUCCCAGCCAUCCCCACAGCCAUCCCCACAGCCUGACCGUGCCCUUGCAACGAGCACCUUCCUCUACCUGUCACGAGACCGACACGUCCUGGUCAAAUUCAGACUCCCUCGCCACAAAAGGGCGUCCAUCCUCGAAAGCCGCCUUCUUCUCGAAAGAGCCUCUGGUUCCACAACCUACCAAAUUGAAUCAAACAAACUGAUCCAAAUCCACGAGGAAUAG